GUCUGCGGAGCCCGGCGAGGCUCAGGAUGGUGGACAGCGUGUACCGGACCCGCUCCCUAGGGGUGGCAGCCGAAGGGCUCCCGGACCAGUAUGCGGACGGGGAGGCGGCGCGCGUGUGGCAGCUCUACAUCGGGGACACCCGCGGCCGCACCGCCGAGUACAAGGCAUGGCUGCUCGGGCUGCUGCGCCAGCACGGCUGCCAGCGGGUGCUCGACGUGGCCUGUGGCACCGGGGUGGACUCCAUCAUGCUGGUGGAAGAGGGCUUCAGCGUGACGAGUGUGGAUGCCAGUGACAAGAUGCUGAAGUAUGCACUUAAAGAGCGCUGGAACCGGCGGCGCGAGCCAGCCUUUGACAAGUGGGUCAUAGAAGAAGCCAAUUGGAUGACUCUGAACAAAGAUGUGCCCUUGCCAGCAGGGGGUGGCUUUGAUGCUGUCAUCUGCCUUGGAAACAGUUUUGCCCACUUGCCAGACUGCAAAGGGGACCAGAGUGAACACCAGCUAGCAUUGAAGAACAUUGCAAGCAUGGUGCGGUCGGGGGGCCUGCUGGUCAUUGAUCAUCGCAAUUAUGACCACAUCCUCGGCACAGGCUGUGCACCCCCAGGGAAGAACAUCUACUACAAGAGUGACUUGACCAAGGACAUCACAACAUCAGUGCUGACAGUGAACAACAAAGCCCACAUGGUAACCCUGGACUACACAGUGCAGGUGCCAGGGGCUGGCCAGGAUGGUUCUUCUGGCUUGAGUAAGUUUCGGCUCUCCUAUUACCCGCACCGCUUGGCAUCCUUCACAGAGUUGCUGCAAGCAGCCUUCGGGGGCAAGUGCCAGCACAGCAUCCUGGGUGACUUCAAGCCUUACAAGCCGGGUCAGGCCUACAUUCCCUGCUACUUUAUCCAUGUGCUCAAGAGGACAGACUGAAUGUAGCCUCAGUUCCCAUGACCCUCUGUACCCAAGCACUUCCAGAUCUGUCUGGGAGAUGGGAACCAGCAGCUUCUAGAGCAGACCACGGCUGGGGCACAGGGAUGUGGGUUCAGGUGAACAGAAGGGCAAACAAUAUAGUCUGUGCCUUUUUCAGUUC